CGCUAUGGUCCGUGUUACUUCAGUCUGGAGGCUGGGACUGAAAGUGGGAGAUGUUGGAGCGGCUGCGGCUGCCCCUGCUGGUUUCUCCCCCUUCUAGGAUAACUAACCCGGGUUAAAAACGGAGACAGGACGCUGCCCGCACUAUAAGAUCUGACUUCCCCAUCUGCCUUUCUGUAUUGGUGGUAUCCUGUAAGAAGAGACUCUGCCGUUCUUGAGUGUCCUUGUCAUCCUGAAGUGUCGGUAGUGAUGCCACCCGUCCUGUGUGAGUUAUGAUUAUGGCUCUCUCUUUGACUGAGGAAAAGAGAUCCCCCUCCAGCCACAUGACAUGAUGAAGACGCUUCCUGAAAGUUUGCGCUUCAAAGAAUCUGCGAGCAGGAUAUGAGUAUUUUGGGCCCUGGGACAGACAACAAACCAACCCUUGUGGGAUUUGUGGGAGACCCUGAAGAAUACUCCAAAGCCAUGCAGUCAGAGGAGUUAUUCAGCAGGAAACUCAAGGCCUUGAAUGGCAGCAUGGGACCACCAGCCUCCAGUAUGCAGGUGAAACCGGACGGUGCAGGGAAAACAAAUGGUACUCCUGCCAUGCCCAAAAUGGGCGUCAGGGCUCGGGUGACAGAAUGGCCACCACGGAAAGAUGGCUGGGAUGUACGGCCUUCUCCCAAUUACCAGAGUGUCAUUCCGGUUUUCCAGAACGGACAGCAGGAAAUUCCUGUGGAUUUACUGGAGCAAGGCGAGGCAGUGUGUGUGGAAGUGGACUACAAUGACAAAUACACACUCAGCGACCUUCUUUGCCACUCUCCCUUAAAGGGUCUCCACCCGAUCCGUCAGCGGAGCAACAGUGAUGUCACCAUUAGUGACAUUGACUCUGAGGAUAUAAUGGACCAGAACGCUGUCAAUCCCAACACCGGAGCCUCUCUGCACCGUGAAUACGGAAGCACGUCCUCCAUUGACCGCCAGGGCCUCAGUGGGGACAGCUUCUUCACCAUGCUCAGAGGCUACAGAGUCGACAACUUGGAUCACCGAAGCAUACCGCCUCUGGGAUUCCCAGAGUUGUUACGCUGUGAUGCCUCUUUGUCCCCAAGCUUACAGACAGCCGCACAGAUUGCCCGGGGAGAGAUAGUCCACAUUCCAGGCUAUGAUUACAUAGACAGUUCUCUCCUCUACAGCCGGGAACGGGAAAAGUCCUUUAUGAGGCGUCUUAAAUCGGAAUCAACAGAAACUUCUCUGUUCAGGAGACUGAGGGCCAUUAAAAGCGAAAGUGAUGCCUUGAGACUCUCUUUAGAGGAUGACCGGCGACCCCUGAGCUUUCAGAAAUGCUUCGCCCACUACGACGUCCAAAGUGUGCUGUUCAAUAUCAGCGAAGCCGUGGCAAGCCGGGCAAACCUGAGCCAGAGAAAAAACACCACCACUGGAGCUUCGGCCGCCUCAGUUGGUGUUGGGGUCGCGACAGGUGGAGUGCUGGGAGGUGGCAGUGUUGCUGUGCCUGGAGACGGUGGAGCAGCAGGUUGCAGCGGUGGAAAUCAACCCAUGUUCGAAUCUCCGCUUGGGAGCAGAGAGGAUCUGAAUCCCAAGGAGAACUUGGACAUGGAUGAGGGGGAUGGAAAGAGCAACAACUUGGUGCUGAGCUGUCCGCACUUUCGUAACGAGAUCGGUGGUGAGGGAGAGAGAAAGAUCUCCCUUUCCCGGGCCAACAGUGCCAAUUACAGUGGCAUGUCGGAGAGUUGCUCAUUUGAGUCCUCCCUCAGUUCCCAUUGUACCAAUUCUGGCGUCUCUGUACUGGAAGUGCCAAGAGAAAACCAACCAAUCCACAGGGAGAAGGUGAAACGCUACAUUAUUGAGCACAUUGAUCUUGGAGCAUACUACUACCACAAGUUCUUCUAUGGAAGAGAGCACCAGAAUUAUUUUGGGGUGGAUGAGAAUCUGGGACCUGUGGCGGUGAGCGUCCGCAGGGAGAGGCUGGACGAUGGGAAGGAGAAAGAAGGCAUGCAGUACAACUACCGGAUCACCUUCAGAACCAGUCAGUUGACGACCCUCCGUGGAGCCAUCCUGGAGGAUGCCAUUCCAUCCACGGCGAGGCAUGGAACGGCCCGUGGCCUGCCACUUAAGGAAGUCCUGGAAUACGUCAUCCCUGAGCUGAACAUCCAGUGUCUGAGGCUGGCCCUCAACUCUCCCAAAGUCCCAGAGCAGCUCCUGAAACUAGAUGAGCAAGGGCUAAGCUUCCAGCACAAGGUGGGGGUUCUUUACUGCAAGGCGGGCCAGAGCACAGAGGAGGAGAUGUACAACAACGAGAGCGCUGGCCCGGCGCUGGAAGAGUUCCUUGAUCUGCUCGGCCAGCGGGUUCGCCUCAAGGGCUUCACAAAGUACAGAGCCCAGCUGGACAACAAGACUGAUUCAACGGGAACACAUUCCCUGUACACCACCUACAAGGACUACGAGUUGAUGUUUCAUGUGUCCACCAUGCUCCCCUACACGCCCAACAACAGACAGCAGUUAUUAAGGAAGAGGCACAUUGGCAACGACAUCGUCACCAUAGUGUUCCAGGAACCUGGGGCCCUUCCCUUCACUCCCAAAAACAUCCGCUCCCAGUUCCAACAUGUGUUUGUCAUCGUCAGAGUCCACAGCCCGUGCACUGAUAAUGUCUGCUACAGCGUCGCCGUAUCCAGAUCCAAAGACGUGCCUCCGUUCGGACCCCCCAUUCCCAAGUCCGUAACUUUCCCAAAGUCGGCUGUUUUCAGGGACUUCCUACUCGCCAAGGUCAUCAAUGGCGAGAACGCUGCUCACAAGUCGGAGAAGUUCAGAGCCAUGGCGACUCGUACGCGGCAGGAGUACCUGAAGGACUUAGCCGAGAACUUUGUUAGCACGGCUACUAUAGACUCAGCUGUCAAAUUCAGCUUCAUUACGCUUGGAGCAAAGAAGAAAGAGAAAGUCAAAGCCAGAAAGGAAGCACAUCUGUUCAGUGUGGGAGCCAUCACCUGGAGCGUCUGCGCCCGGGACUUUGGGCAGUCAAUGGACAUCGACUGUCUGCUCGGCAUAUCCAAUGAGUUUAUUGUGCUCAUUGAAGAGGAGUCGAAAAACGUAGUGUUUAACUGCUCAUGUCGCGAUGUCAUUGGAUGGACCUCAGGGAUUAUGAGUAUUAAAAUCUUCUAUGAGCGUGGGGAGUGCAUCAUGCUGUCUGCCCACGACAACUGCGGCGAGGACAUCAGAGAGAUGGUGCAACGACUCGAGAUUGCCACCAGAGGCUGUGAGACUACAGAGAUGACAUUGCGGAGAAAUAGUCUUGGCCAGCUUGGCUUUCACGUCAAUUUUGAGGGAAUCGUGGCCGACGUGGAGCCAUUUGGCUUCGCCUGGAAGGCCGGGCUGAGGCAGGGCAGCCGGCUGGUGGAGAUUUGCAAGGUGGCAGUCGCAACUCUCACUCAUGAGCAGAUGAUUGAUCUUCUACGCACAUCCGUCACCGUCAAAGUGGUUAUAAUCCAGCCGUAUGAAGACGGUACUCCAAGAAGGGGUUGUUCCGAACUUUACCGGAUACCAAUGGUGGAGUACAAGGUGGACAGUGAGGGCCAGCCCUGCGAGUAUAAGACGCCCUUCAGGAGAAACACCACCUGGCACCGGGUGCCGGCACCUGCUGGGGCGCCUGUGUCCCGGGGCUCGCCCUCUCAGGGUCCUGACCGACUGCAAUGCCAGCAGAUCCUUCAGCAGCACCAGGCCGCCAUCCCGCGAAGCACUUCCUUCGAUAGGAAGCUGCCAGAUGGCUCCAGGACUUUGCAGGACAUGGAGAAUCCCCAGGUCACUAUAUGCAACAAGGGAGACCAGCACUACCGCAGCUCCCCCAGUAACCAAUCCUCCUCCAGCGAUCCGGGUCCAUGUGGCAGCAGCAACUGGUCCCAGCAGCCCGGAUAUGAUGGGUGUCCCUCCCCUAUACUGCAUGAGCGGGCGGGCGAUAUCCAAGGAGCCGAUGGAGACAUUCGCAGGGAAAGAGAGCCCACCCUGGAAAGAACCAGAUCUGCAGAGGCCAAAUGGCACAUACCCUCCACAAAGAUCCUGAAUCCUCUGAAGCAAAGAGAAGGAGGAAAGGACUCGCCAAACAAGCUUUCCAGGACUGGCGAUAAAAACUCAAGCCACUCUAGUAGCAACACUCUUUCAAGUAACGCCUCCAGCAACAGCGAUGAUAAGCACUUUGGCUCUGGAGACCUGAUGGACCCGGAGAUGCUGGGCCUCACCUACAUCAAAGGCGCCUCCACAGACAGCGGCAUAGACACGAAUCCCUGCGUGGCCCCCGGCGUCCGGGUGUUGCUGCAGGGGAGGGUCGGGGAACAGGGACACCUCUGGGUCUCUGAGCACCACGAGGACGAAAUGACAGAAGAGGAUCAUGGGAAACUAUACUUGCAGCAAGGCUUCGCUUCAGCCAUCAUGGGUAGUCAUGUAACAGAGGGCAGCAUCGGAGACCUCAGCGAGAUUUCGUCUCAUUCAAGUGGCUCACACCACUCUGGCAGUCCCCUUGCCCGCGGAGCCAGGUACUGUAUGUCCGCUGACUCCUCCAAGGUGUACACCAUCCCCCAGACGAGCAGCACAGGCCCCGAGCCGGGGCCCAGCUCCGAGGCCUGUGGACAGACACGCACACAGUCCAGCUGCAAGCUCCAAGAGAGCAUGAAGACAGCUGAUGCUGAUGAUGGUGAUGCCCACUGCACUGAGGGACCUCCCAACAUAUCAGAGUGUGGAGGAGCGGAGAGCUUGUUAGCCUUUCUUCUGAAAAUGCUGAAUGAGCGCUCCAGGCAACUGUACACGCAGGAGGCAGCAUGCCAGCUCCAGCCUGCAGAGCACGAUGGAAAAUCCCUGCAGAGGCUGUCGAAAGAGGAAUUUCAAAAGAUGUUGCUGCCAGACAGCCCUCCAGGAGAAGACAGAAGCCGAAAGGUGUUGGCACUGGGCAGUUUGUCACCGAGACGCUCGCUCUACCGGACGCUGUCGGACGAGAGCGUGUGCAGCAACAGGAAGGCUUCGUCCUACGCCAGCUCACACAGUUCCAUGCUUGAUCAAGCUAUGCCCAACGACAUCCUGUUCAGCACCACGCCACCUUACCGCAGCACGCUGCCUCCUCGCAUGGUCCAUAACCAGGGAGCGUCCAACCUCCGCAGUGAGUUUUGGUUCUCUGACGGCUCCUUGGCGGAUAGGUCCAAGUUCAGCGACCCGGGCCUCAUGCCCCUCCCAGACACUGCCUCGGGCCUGGACUGGUCUCACCUGGUCGAUGCAGCACGAGCCUUUGAAGACCAGCGCGUGGCGUCUUUCUGCACCAUGACAGACAUGCAGAGGGUGGAGGCUCUGCAGAUCUCCAGAGAGCUGACCAGACGGGUGGUGGAGGCGGAGGGAGCAGCGCUGGAAGCAGACAGCUCCCCGUCCACACUAACCGGCAAAGUCAACCAGCUGGAGGUCAUCCUCAGGCAGCUGCAGCAGGACCUCAGAAAGGAGAAGGAGGACAAGGCCAUGCUGCAGGAGGAGGUGCAGCACCUGAGACAGGACAACAUGCGGCUGCAGGAGGAGAGCCAGACGGCAGCAGCUCAGCUCAGGAAGUUUACAGAGUGGUUCUUUCACACCAUCGACAAAAAACCCUGAGUGGCGCAAAGAGGACAAACAGAGGAAAGACGGAGCAAAAGAAGGCCUUCAUCCCUCCUGUGCACCCACUCAACUCCCAUGUGAGAUUCCCAGAUAAAUCCACAACGAAAACAACAUUAAAACGACAAUUUCAAUGAGUAUUAAAAGAUACUGUGCUGCACUGGAUAUUGUGCUGCACUGUGUGAGAGACUGAAAACCCAGAUCUGGACUCUAGUUUGGGGGAACUCCUCUCUACUCCUCUUUUUAAAGUUACCAGUCUCUCUUGGGGAACCUUGUGAUGUUUUGCUCUGGAGAGGACUUGAGAAAAGUAAUUCCAGGGGAAAGGAUCUCCGCUGAGUCCUGGGAUCUUCUUACAGAAGUGGAAUGUAAAGCUCAUUUACUGUAGUCAACAUUUAAUCUACCUACGUAAAUCACGUCAGUCUACUGUACUGUAUACUCAGCUGUACUGUACGGGUGAAUCUCAAUACAUUACAAUGUUGUGUAAGCUAAUUUAUUCACACAACUCAGAUGAAUAAAUUUAAACACACAGGGUGAUAUAUUUCAAGCAUAAUUUUUGAUUUUGAUGUUUAUGGGUUACAGAAAAUGAAAAAAAAACAAAGUUACAGUACAUUCUAAAAUUACUAGCUAACAAAUUUUCACAAAACUUUGCCAAUAUUGUGCUAAUGUAAAAAGACAUGAUUUUGUAAUUACUGUGUUUCCAUUAAGUAAGAACUAGAGUUAAAAUCAAAUGUGAAUAAGUUUGUUCACAUAAUAAGUCAUUAAAAACAUGCAGCACCAUCCUCUUCCUACCACUGUCUGUGGUAACACCCAGUUGUUGAUCACAUGCAAAUAUAUUCCAAAUUCCAAAAAUGCUAAUUUGAAUACAGCCAAAAAACCACCUUAACUUUUAAUGAAAAAACUUAAAUUGGCCUGUUUCAAUCAAGUACAUUUAUUUUCAUAACUCCAGUUUGCAUAGUUAAAUAGAAACACACCUAUAGACUGUGGAAACUUCAUGUGGAUUGGUUUCUGUGAUAUCACAACAUUUUUCUUUUUACUCAACUUUCCAUUAAUAUGCUUUGAUACAGUAGUCUAUAAUGAGCUUUGUUUUAUACUUCUCUCAUGGCUGUACUUGUCUCUGUUGAUGGUGCAUCUCUUUCUACUACACUUUUUUCUUCCACUCUACUUUCCACUAGUAUUUUUGUAUACAUCUCUCUUUGAACUGCCAGCUUUUUUGGCAAUAGCCUUUACGCAACUUGUAAGGGACGACAAUAUCUGUCAGUAAGUAAAAAAAAAAUGGUUUUCAGAAACUUGUGAAGUCAAAAUGAUCAAGAUUAAUAGAAAUGUGAGCUUGAAAUGAUCACUCUGUGUGGUAGAUUUAUACAAAAUGAGUUUCACUUUUCAUAAUUGAAUUACUGAGCUACUUUUCUUUUUUCUAAUGUACUGAGAGGCACCUGUAUCAUUCUGCGCACAGUCACUCAGCUGUUUCUGCUGCAUCGGCCCUCACAGACGUUGGGGGAGCAGAGGGUUUGAGGCGAGAGUCGGAGGGACAGGAAUGUACCAGACGAAAUAAAGUGAUGCUGUCUGCCUGCACCAGGAGGAAUCCACAUAUGGUGGGCUUGAAAUGUUCAGUGUGUCGACGGGUGGGAGGGGAUGAAUGUAGCUCAACCGAGACCUUUUAUUUUCUCUGAAACUCUCGUUCCCAAAGCUACAGAAGUUCUGAACAUUUGACGUGUUUGUUUUCAAUCAACUUUCCUGUUUUUUAUUUGUUUUUUUCUUUCUCCUCUGUGUUGUAACGUAGGUUCACAUGGCAGUAAUUUCGAUGUUUGAAGGUGCUUUCUCCCUCAGCACAUAUUUGUCAGUAGUUUCCAUUUACCGUCAAAAUGUCCUAGCAAUAACAAAGUGGUAGUUACAAAACUGUGUUUUUUUAUUUUGUUUUUGGGAUUUUCUUUUCUUUCUAAAGGAAGUUAGCACAAGUGUGGAUAGUUUCUUUUGAGAAGCAGAUGUUUUUUGACAUGUAUUUAUAAAGCUGGAAGAGACUGUGCCUAAAACUGGUUGUAAAUGGAUUUUUUUCUUUGUUUUUCUCUGUCAGCUCUCUUUUAUAAACACAUGCCUUGUCUGUGGCUCACUGAGAUAAAAUCGUUUGAGUGUGAGAGUGUGUGUGAGUGUAACAGUAUGAGUUCAUAUGCAGUGGUUUCUAGAGUAUUGGAGCGGACGCCAGUGAACCACACUUACAAUGCCAAAUGUGUUUAUUUCUGUACAUAACUGCCACAGAAGUGUCUUGUAUUUAACACUAUUAUUUAAGCUUAUUUAACCUAAAGUUGUUUAUUUUAUGAAGCUUCUUUGUUUUUUUUCUGCACAAAUGAGAGAUAAAUCUCUGUGUAUGUUGUAAAGUGUGUUGCUUUGCAGGGCAAAAAUACAACAAAAAAUCAAACCAACAACCACAAAACAAAUUACGUAUAUAUUUAACUAUAUAAAUAAUUUUGGAAAUUCCAACAUUUGGAUGCUGCUAGAUGAACAGAUCGCUGGUUUGUAUGCUUUUAAAAAUGUCUCCUCGUUACCAGUUUCCUCCCUGGUGUGGGAUGUUGGACGCAUUUGAUUGUUUGUUUUUCUGUUGUUUUUUAUUUUAUUUUGUUUUUAAUAAAUGUAGUUGUAAAAAUCA